AUCUCUCUCAUUACUACUCUGGCUUUGCAUGUGGAAUUUGGAAAUGCGGCGGAUUACAAUUCAGACUAUAUAAAGAAACGCGAAGAAGAAGAAGAAGACGACGAUAAUACAUUCUCUUCCUAAGAGAACAAGUCAUUGUAGCGGCAAUGGUAGGUCAAAACGAUUAUCAAAAUCCUCCUCCUAACAAGAAGGUCUACACUGAAGAACAAUUUGUCAUUGGAAUACCUGAAACCGCUCAUCAGAUUAGCAGUGAUUCAUGGUUUCAGGUUGGAUUUGUUCUCACUACUGGUAUUAACAGUGCUUAUGUAUUGGGAUAUUCUGGAACAAUUAUGGUUCCUCUUGGAUGGUUGCCUGGUGUUCUUGGCUUGAUUGCAGCUACUGCUAUAUCCUUGUAUGCUAACUCUCUUAUAGCUAAGCUUCAUGAGUAUGGAGGGACAAGGCAUAUACGAUAUAGAGAUCUUGCAGGAUUUGUAUAUGGUAAGAGAGCUUAUUCACUCACAUGGACAUUGCAAUACGCAAAUCUUUUUAUGAUCAAUACUGGAUAUAUCAUCUUAGCUGGUCAAUCCCUCAAGGGGGUUUAUGUCCUUUUCACCGAUGAACAUACAAUGAAGCUCCCAUACUUCAUAGCAAUUUCUGGGGUUGUUUGUGGCAUGUUUGCCAUUGGAAUUCCCCAUUUGUCAGCCUUAAGGAUUUGGCUGGGAGUGUCAGCUUUAUUGAGUAUGGUGUAUAUUGUUGUAGCAAUCGUGCUGUCAACUAAAGAUGGAAUACAAGCUCCACCAAGGGAUUAUGGCAUUCCUGGAACAAAGACAGACAAGAUCUUCACAACCAUUGGUGCAGUUGCAAAUCUUGUUUUUGCUUUUAACACAGGAAUGCUUCCGGAGAUACAGGCGACAAUUAAGCAGCCAGUUGUUAAAAACAUGAUGAAAGCCCUAUACUUUCAAUUCACAGUUGGGGUCUUUCCUAUGUACAUUGUCACCUUCAUUGGCUAUUGGGCAUAUGGAUCAACAACUUCAACUUUUCUACUCAACAGUGUCAACGGUCCUGUUUGGGUGAAAGCUUUUGCCAACAUUGCUGCUUUCCUACAAACGGUCAUUUCUCUACAUAUAUUUGCAAGUCCAAUGUACGAGUAUCUAGACACUAAGUACGGAAUAAAAGGGAGCGCUUUGGAUUUCGGGAAUCUGUCGUUUAGGGUUAUGGUUAGAGGCGGUUAUUUGACAUUCAACACGCUUGUGGCUGCAAUGUUGCCAUUCUUGGGAGAUUUCAUGAGCCUAACCGGGGCUAUAAGUACUUUCCCACUCACGUUUAUACUGGCAAACCAUAUGUAUCUUCGGGCGAUGAACAAUAAGUUGACAACAGCUCAGAAGACGUGGCAUUGGUUUAAUGUCAUCUUCUUUGGUUGUUUAUCAUUUGCAGCUGCUGUAGCUGCAUUGAGGCUUAUUUCUGUGGACUCUAAAACAUACCAUAUCUUUGCAGAUUUAUAGAAGAGAGUUAUAGAACAAGAACAAGAAGAUGGCUCUGUUUUAUUAAAGCAGACAGCCAUCAGGACCAAAGAGAAUAGGAAAUAAGAAAGUCUCUAUUUAAUUAUUUAUACAUGGUCCAUACAUAUAUUUUUUCUCCUAUUUGUAGCCUGGCUAAUUAUCAACAUGUUCCUUUGGAGGUUACAAUUUUAUGUUGCAAAUUCAAUUAUUGAAUUAUAAUCAAAUUACAUUGGGUUUCUCCA